AUGGCUGGACCAUUUCCUCACAUAUUUAACAAAUUCAUUUCUAUUAACUGUUCCGUGGUCGGAGCCGGACUGAAGUUUGUGACGGUGUUGAGAGCGUGCCACUACCAGAAAGCUGCAGAGAGACCGUGCCGGAACACUGAAUAUCAAGAACUGUGGAACCCUCAAUAUCAAGAACUUAGGAACCCUGCAUAUCAAGAACUCAGGCACCCUGAAUAUCAAGAACUGUGGAACCCUCAAUAUCAAGAACCUAGGAACCCUCAAUAUCAAAAACUCAAGAACACUGAAUAUCAAGAACUGUGGAACCCUCAAUAUCAAGAACCUAGGAACCCCCAAUAUCAAGAACUCAGGAACACUGAAUAUCAAGAACUGUGGAACCCUGAAUAUCAAGAACCUAGGAACCCUCAAUAUCAAGAACUCAGGAACCCUGAAUAUCAAGAACUGUGGAACCCUCAAUAUAAAGAACCUAGGAACCCUCAAUAUCAAGAACUCAGCAACCCUGAAUAUCAAGAACUAACUCAAGAACCUUGAAUAUUAAGAACUCAGGAACCCCAAAUAUUGAGAACUCAGGAACCCUGA